UGGUUGAGAGCAUGCUGGCAGUGGUGGUAGCGAUGGUCACGAGAGGUGGUGGGUGAGACUCGAACCUCGAAGUAAGAUCGCGACACCUCGCGCGUUUAGUUGGCGCGCGGGGCCCCGGCGAUUGGGACGGCCGAAUAGAGACACUUCGUGCAAAAAAAAGAGGGACAAGGGAGAUAUACAAGAGGAGCAAGACAGUGACGAGCGACCGCACGACGAGUGACGACAACGACCAGAGACGAAGACGAAGACGAAGACGAUCGAAUCUCUCUAAGAGAAAAAAAAAAGAAAAAAAAAGCUUCUCUCGCAAUCUUCCCAAGUUUUGUUCUCGCGCGAGCUUGUAGAAUUCUCGAGUCGAGUGUGUGCGUCUCGUUUGUCUGCCUCGGGGGGGUUGGGAGUGAUCCAGGAAUAAGAGAGCGACUACUCGCCGUUGCAGGUGUCGCCGAGGAAACACUCGGCUAAAGGAAGGAAACUUCUCUCUCUUGGAAGGAAACGUGCUUCUUCUCCCUGGGAUAUCUUCAAUAUUCUGAGAAGUCUACGACUGACGAAUAGACAUCAAGCUCAAAAAGAAACCGCGAAAGCAGGUUGGAUGGUGCCGCAGGUCGGCGCCAUUUGAACCGACGAGCCAGGCGAAGGAAACAGAUUCCUCCCUUGAUCGCACAAACGGGACCGGGUGUCCCGGUGUGUAGGGACAGGUGCGAAGGCGUGCCUCCACGAUGGGGGUCGCCGACGACUUCGCGCCCAGCUUCACGCAGAAGCCGCAGCUGCGGCAGGAGGACGACGGCAACCGGCUGAUAUUCGAGUGUCAGCUGGUGAGCUCGCCUAAACCCGAGAUCGCCUGGUUUCGCGGCGAGACCGAGCUCAGCCAGGAUGACAGGACCAACUUCAAAAUGCAGAGCGUCGGAACUAACAAGUUCCUGGUGGUGCUCGAGCUCGACGAUGUCAUCGAGACCGACGCCGGCCUCUACAAGGUCAAGGCGAAGAACAAGAUGGGCGAGGUCGCCGCCUCCAUCAACCUCAACUUUAGUCCAAUGGAUGAGCCUAGAGAGAAACAAGUUGACGGUAUUGCACCGACUUUCGCGAAGAAGCCCGCGAUCAGGCAAGAGGACGAUGGCAAACGGCUGCUCUUCGAGUGUCGUAUCACAGCCGAUCCCACGCCGAAAAUUACAUGGUUUCAUAGCGGAAACAUGGUCAAGGAUUCGCCAAGGCACAAGCUGACCGUCGAUAAAGAUGGCCACUCGUACUUUGCCACUCUGGAAAUAAAAAAUGUGACCGUCGAGGAUGCUGGCAAAUAUAAGGUCACAGCAAAGAACGAGCUUGGCGAAUCUAACGCUACAAUUUCCCUGAAUUUCGACAGCGAUGAGGCACCCGUACCUGAAGACGGUAUUAAACCGACCUUUACCGAACGACCGGUGAUAAGACAAUCCGAUGACGGUAACACCAUCACCUUUGAAUGCCGACUUGUCGGCGAUCCGAAACCGAGUGUCAAGUGGUAUCACGGUACCGAAGAGGUGAAAGAAGGCGGACGAUUCAAUACAUCUCUAGAGCUCGAUCAGAAGCUGUAUCAUCUUGCGAGGCUGAGGAUCGACAAUGUGGCAAAAGCGGACGCAGGCGAAUACAGGGCCGUGGCAAAGAACAAGCACGGCCAAGGAGUGGCGACCAUUAAUCUAAACUUCGAGGGUGGAGACAAGCUCAAAAUACCGGAUGGUAAGCCGCCGCGCUUUCCGAAGAAACCGACGAUCCGCCAAGAGGGCGACAUACUCAUCAUGGAGUGCAUCCUGGAGGCACAUCCGGUGCCGGACAUAACGUGGUACCAGGGCAGCAAAGCAAUCACCGACAGCAAGCGCGUGAAAAUGUUGCGCAAGGCCACCGGCAAGGACACGUAUCUGCUGACCCUCGAGAUCUCGAAUCCGACCAAGGCCGACGGUGGAAAUUACCGUUGCAACGCCUUUAACAACUUCGGCGAGAGUAACGCCAACAUCUCCCUCAACUUCCAAGAGGAGGGCGCGGGUUUUGCUCCGUCCUUCGUCGAGAAACCUCGCAUCAUCCCGAACGAGAACGGUACGCUGAUCACUAUGAAGUGCAAGUGUAAGGCAAAUCCCAAGCCGGAGGUCACGUGGUUCCGCGGCACCAAUAUAGUAAAGGAAUCGUCGAAGAUCUCGAUCAAGACUAAGACGGUCGAGGAAGACAUUUACGAGCUUAUCAUGGAAAUAAAGGAUCCGUCAGCACCGGACGGCGGGACGUACAGAUGUCACGUAAAGAAUGAGUACGGCGAGAGUAACGCCAAUCUAAAUUUGAAUAUCGAAGCAGAACCGGAACCGGAAGGGGACGGACCGACAUUCGUAGAGAAACCGCGGAUACAGUCACAAAAUAAAGGCAAGCUCGUCGUUAUGGAUUGCAAGGUUAAGGCGAAGCCAAAACCGCAAAUCGUGUGGACUCACGCUAGCAAGGUGGUAAAAGAGUCUUCGAAGAUCUCCAUCAGUAUCGUCCAGGAGAAAGAAGAUAUUUAUUACAUCAAAUUGACUCUGAACGACCCCGGACCAGAUGAUUCCGGCCUCUACAAGUGCAACAUUAAGAAUGAACUCGGUGAACUCAACGCUAAUCUUACGUUGAACGUAGAGAUUAUACCCGUAAUUAGAGAGAAGCCGAAAGUUGUGAAAAUCGUUAAGAAGAAGACUGUGAUAGUUGAAUGUCACGUUCUUUCUCAAUUUGCGCCCGAUUGUACCUGGUUCAAGGAGACUCAAGCCGUUAAACAGGACAGCAGGCACAAGUUACAUGUCGAACAAGUCAAAGAAGGUGAAUUUGCCGUCAAACUCGAAAUCGAACAAAUGUCGGUGACAGACAAAGGCGUGUACAAAUUAGUAGCACGCAAUGAAAAGGGAGAAGCUACGUCGCAAGUAGUGGAAGUGACAGAAAUUCCAGAUCAAGGAGAGAAACCGAAAAUUGCUACCGGUCUCAAAUCAAUUACUGUUGAGGAAGGCAAGACGGUCGAACUUAUUGCUAUUCUUUCAACGCAAGAUCGGAAAGUUACUAUCACAUGGUACAGAGAUUCGACAGUUGUCAAAGCGUCGAAGGAUAUCAUGAUCUCCUUUAAUGGCCUGGACAUGAAACUGACCAUCACUUCGGCAUCGACGGAAUUCUCGGGAACGUAUAAAAUUGUCGUGAGUAACGAAUAUGGACAAGACGAAUCGUCGGCCCGACUCGUCGUUAAAAAGAAAGAGGAAAAGAAGAAGGACGAAGAAGAGGAAGAAAAGAAAAAGAAAAAAGUCGAAAAGAAAGAGGAAAAGAAAGAGGAAGAGAAGAAGAUGGAGAAGAAAGUCGAAGAGAAAAAAGAGGAAAAGAAAGAGAAGGUAAUAAGUUUGAACGAUGAGAGUGAAGAAUCAGAAGAAUAUGAGGAGGAAGAGGAGGAGGAGGAAGUGGUGAGUGUAAUUGAGUCCAGCAUUAUCAGCACAGAAGCUAUUCUCGAAGAAUCGGAUUCUGAAGUAAUCUCUCGCGUCGAGGAUAAGCCCGAUCUGAAACCGAAUGGUAUCUAUAAACCAGAGGUUGGGAAGAAAAUGGAGAUCUUACAGAAGGAUGAAGAAAUCGUAAAUAAUGUCGAGGAAAGGAAAUCUAUUAAAAAAAAACCCGCCGAUAAAAUUGAAGAUAAAAAGGAAGAAGAAAAAAAAAAGAUUAUAAAGAAAAAAGAGCCCGAAUCCAAAGAGGUAUCUGAAGAAAUUAAAUCCGAGAAACUUGUAGCAACUCGUAAAGAAAGCAGAGUGGAAGAACUCAAGGUAGAAAGCCGUCGCAGUUCGCUUAUCAAAACUCAGAUAGAUGAUGACACUGCGACACCACGACGUCUUUCUAUACAGAAGACCGAGGAAGAAAUCAAAGUGGAAAGCAGACGAUCCUCUACCUUAGAAAAAAAGAAAGCAACCGUCGAAAAGAACACACUCACACCGAAGACCAAGCUACACAUACAUGCACCCGAGGAAGAGAUUCAGGAUAUUUGGUCGUCUAAAUUGACAAAGCGCGAUAAGGAUAAACCGGUAAGAAAAUACGAGGAUAUACCUCAAACUGCGAUUAAGCCACACGUGCGCGAUUCGGAUGAUGAACUUGAGGAUGCAUGGAGAAUUCAUAAUCUGGGAGAAUAUGAUAAUGAAUCUGCACCACGUUACCGAGAUAUAUCACCAGACAAGACACACAAACCUCACACACCCGCAAACAGAACAUAUGCACAAGAGAAAUUUGAAAUCAAAUCAAAAGAUAAAAUACUUCCACAUGAUACAACGAUAAGUACAACACAUCCGCAGAUAUCUGGCAAGGCAAUUGAGGACAUUUCGAAAGAAAAAAUACAUUUGCAUGAUACAUCUACGAGUAAAACACUUCCACAUAAAAUAGACAAACUUUCAAAAGAUAAGACACUUUCACAUGACACACCCACGCAUAAAAUACAUCCGCAAAAAUCUGAUGAAGAAUUUGAGGAUGUUCCGAAAGAGAAAACACAUUUGCGCGACACAUUGAGUAAAACACUUCCACACAAAGUAGAUGAAGUUUCAAAAGAUAAGACACUUCCACGUGACACACCCACGCAUAAAAUACGUCCUCAGAAAUCUGACGAAGAAAUUGAGGACAUUUGGGCGAGCAAAAAGAGCGAUACUAAAAAACUUGACAAAGAUAUUCCGAAACAGAAAACACACUUACACGACAUAUCUACGAGUAAAACACUUCCACAUAAAAUAAACGAAGUUUCAAAAGAGAAAACACUUCCACGUGAUACACCCACGCAUAAAAUACAUCCGCAAAAAUCUGACGAAGAGAUUGAGGAUAUUCCGAAAGAGAAAACACAUUUGCGCGACACAUUGAGUAAAACACUUCCACACAAAGUAGACGAAGUUUCAAAAGAUAAGACACUUCCACGUGACACAUCCACGCAUAAAAUACGUCCACAGAAAUCUGACGAAGAAAUUGAGGACAUUUGGGCGAGCAAAAAGAGUGAUAUUGAUUCUAAAAAACCUGACAAAGAUAUUCCGAAAGAAAAAAUACACUUGCACGACACAUCUACAAGUAAAACACUUCCACAUAAAAUAGACGAAGUUUCGAAAGAUAAGCUACUUCCACGUGACACACCUACGCAUAAAAUAUAUCCGCAAAAAUCUGACAAAGAGAUUGAGGAUAUUCCGAAAGAGAAAACACAUUUGCGUGACACAUUAAGUAAAACACUUCCACACAAAGUAGACGAAGUUUCAAAAGAUAAGACACUUCCACGUGAUACACUCACGCAUAAAAUACGUCCACAGAAAUCUGACGAAAUUGAGGACAUUUGGGCGAGCGAUAAUGAUUCUAAAAAACCUGACAAAGAUAUUCCGAAACAAAAAACACACUUGCACGACAUAUCUACGAGUAAAACACUUCCACAUAAAAUAGACGAAGUUUCAAAAGAUAAGACACUUCCACGUGACACACCCACGCAUAAAAUACGUCCACAGAAAUCUGACGAAGAAAUUGAGGACAUUUGGGCAAGCAAAAAGAGUGAUAUUGAUUCUAAAAAACCUGACAAAGAUAUUCCGAAAGAAAAAAUACACUUGCACGACAUAUCUACGAAUAAAACACUUCCACAUAAAAUAGACGAAGUUUCAAAAGAUAAAACACUUCCACGUGACACACAUGAACAUAAAAUACAUCCGCAGAAAUCUGACAAAGAGAUUGAGAGCAUUUCGCCGACAAAGCCGAAAGAGCGCGAUGUAGAUACCAAGAAGCACGACAAAGGCAUAUCAAAAGAUAAAACACCUUUGAGUGAAACAUCCACAGUUAAAACACAACCAUACAAACUAGAUGAAACGCCAAAAAAUCUACGUGAUACACCCAUGGUUAAAACACAACCCCACAAAUCUGAAUUAUUAAAAGUUAAACCACAUCUACACGAUAUAGACAGAACACCUUCACACAAAUCUGAUGACAAAAUUGAGGAUUUGCCAAAAAUUAAAGAUAAAUCACCUCGUCAUCAAUCUGACGAAGAAAUCGAGGAUAUUUGGUCCAAGCGAAAGGAACGUGAAGAUAGUUCACACAAAAAUAAUGAGGAUUCGCCUAAAGCUAAAGAUAAAUUAUCCAGUCGUCAAUCCAAUAAAGAAAUCGAGGAUAUUUGGUCCGAACGAAAGGAACGUGAACCUAAACCGCAUAAAAAUGAUGAGGGUAUACCGAUAACUAAAAUUAAGAGACGUGUAUCCAAAUCUAAUGAUCGAACUGAUGUAGAUAGCUCACCUGAAGAUAAAUCAAAAGUGCGCGAAGUCAAAUCUACGCAAGAUAAUGAGGACAAACCGGUGCCGAAAUCAGAAAAACGUGACGAUAGCUACGUCUCACAUCACGAGGACACCGCAAAGCUCACAGACACAUCACACAAACCUCCACUCGACCGAGAUGUCAAAACUUACUACACACAUUACAAUUAUGAUGUAUGGGCACCGAAAUCUAUCGAGCGCGAACAGAAUUCUGUCAGAAUUGAUAAGGAUGUUUCUCUACCUAUCACUAAACCACAAACACACGAAUCCGAUGAUGAUAUUGAGGAUAUUUGGGCUUCGACAGCCGAGGAUGACGCACCUAAACCUAUUAAAAUAUUAGAGGAUUCGCGGACUUCUAAAAUUACGCCGUAUAAAAACGGUGACAAAGUCGAGCAACAGGAAUCGACAUCUGUACCUAAACCUACUUUCAAACCUAAAGGCAGCGUAGGCAAACUCAAAGAAUCCACGGAGAACGAUAUACCCAAACCUGAAAUAGAUGAGAACAAAUUCAAAAAGCCCAAGAGUAAAGACACUGAUUCUACACUUGAUAAGGAAAAAAUACCCAAGAAAAAGCCAUCCACUAGACGUAGGUCGUCGACUAAAUCAACGGAAGGAUCUGAGGACCAAGAACAAGUUUUGAAACCAAAGAAGAAAAAAUCUAAACCCGUGGAUGAGUCUAAGAAGGAGGAAACGAUUACAAAACCGAAAACCGUUGGAAAACAAGAAACACCCAAGGAGGAAACUCAGGCUAAACCGGCAGAUGCGAAGGUGGAACCGAAAGCCAAACCCAAAGCGGAGGAAGUAAAGGAAACUCCAAAAGCCAAACCUAAACCGGACGAACCGAAGGAGGAACCGAAAGCUAAACCUAAAGCAGAGGAAGUAAAGGAAGCGCCCAAGAUUAAGCCAAAAUCAGAUGAACCAAAGGAGGAACCAAAAGCUAAACUUAAAACGGAGGAAGUAAAGCCUGCGACGACACUUAAGCCUAAACCAGAAAAAGACAAGGUCGAGGAAAAAUCUAAGGCUAAACCAGAGGAAUUAAAGGAGAUACCGAAGAUUCAAUCUAAGCUAGACGAACAAAAGGUGGAAUCGAAAGUUAAAUCCAAAACAGAAGAAGCGAAGAAAGAGGAACCGGCGAUGAAACCUACAGAUAAAUUACAAGAACAAAAGAAGGAAGAAGAAGUCACUCUAGGAAGGAAAAGUCUUAAGUCUGUCAAGCAACUUGAGGAAGAAAAGAAAACUCAAGAGAAAGUCGAGCUUAAGCCAAAGGAUGCCACUGCGACCAAAUUGAAACCCCGUAUUCCACCGAAACAAGAAGUUAAAACCGACAGCUUUCAGGGGAUUCAGCUUAAACCUGUUGGGAAGGAUGCGAAACAGCCUCAGCAGGCUGAAAGCAAAAUGGAACUUAAGAAAACCGAGAAGGGAGAGAAGCUCGAUGUAAAGAAAAUGAAGGCAUCAAAAGCAGCAAAAGAGGCGGAUUACGAACUUCCGGAGAUUCCAGACUAUGAAAGGCCCGUUCUUGAAAAACCUCGGGAAUUCGAUUUCGGCGAGUUUGCGGGUCGUGAAAAGACGAAGCUUGAGAGACCAGCCACGCAGAAAUUCGAAUCUAAGCCGAAAGUACCAGAGAUCAAAGCGCCCGAAGCACCCAAAAUCGAAGUGAUCAAAGACGUGACGCCAGUCGGCAGCAGAAAGGGCUCCUUAGCACCCGGAAGUGGUAGUGGCAGUCGACGCGGUUCUCUCAUACCGCCCGAAGAAUUGGGUCGCAGACCCAGCCUGAUCAUCAGUGACGAGGAGCAUAGGAAGCUUCGUCCUGGCGAGGUGGUGGACGAGCGCAAGUUGGGAAAGUUACGGCCCGGUGAGGUGUUGGACCCAAAGUCUAAGUCCGGCCGACCAGGCGCACUGCAGGACAAAGAGCGUCGUCGUCCGAGCUCAGCGGACAUCAGAAGACCCAGCGUGGCGGACCUCGAGAAUAAGAUCAAUCAGCCUAGCACACCUCUGCGAGAUGUUGGACCAGGUGGACCACCCCAGAUCGUCGAUGUCCAGGAAUCGUACUCCGCCGUCGAAGACUCGACGGCGUAUCUCACCGUCGCGGUGGAGGGUACACCUGCACCAACUUUCAAGUUCUACAAAGGCAUUACCGAGAUCAUCGAUGGUGGCCGCUUUAAAUUCCUCACGGACACGGAGACCAACACGAUCACCCUCUGCAUGAGGAAGACGAAGCCCAAUGAUGAGGGCACCUACAAGAUCGUCGUGAGUAACAUCCACGGCGAGGAUUCUGCCGAGAUGAUGCUCUAUGUUUCCGACGCCAGUGGCAUGGACUUCCGUGCUAUGUUGAAAAAGAGGAAGUAUCAAAAAUGGAAACAAGAAGAGGUUCAAGAGAAGGUGGACUUGAAAGAAGUGGAGAAGCCCAUGCCAGCGUUGAAGAAGGUGGAAAGGAAACAAGAGAGCUUCCUAAAACCAUUGGUGGACCAAUAUGCCAAGGAGGGUAAGGAUAAGAAGGUUGUGUUUGAAGCGAACUUUUCGAAACCGAACUGCAAACCGAAAUGGUUCUUCCGAAAGGAUGAAUUAUUCCCAUCCGCCAAAUAUAAAUUCAAAAACGAAGAAGAUUGUUAUCUGCUCAUCAUCAGUGGACCUAAAGUCGAAGAUACUGGAAAAUACACGAUCGAAAUUGCUGGUGUAUCCAGCACAGGGUUCCUCAACGUGGACGAACCUGAUCCAACAUACACAUUUACGAAACCACUAUCGAAGACGAGCAGUGGCUUCACCAAGCACGAGUGUUAUAUGGAGUGUACAGUCAGUUCCAAUCUGGCACAAGUUUCCUGGCACAAAGGCAAGACGAAACUUGAGGAUGGAGACCAGUAUAGUAUUUCCAAAGACAUGUCCGGUGUGUGCCGGCUAGUGAUCAAGAACGCAACCCUUGAGGAUAGUGGCGAAUACACUUGCAAGAUAAGCAAGCAGACAGACAAGACUGAUACUGUUCUCACUGUAGUCGAAUAUCCUUACAAGUUCGUCAAAGUAUUGAAGCAUCAACAGCUCGUGGAAAAAGAAACACUGACCUUGCUUUGCGAACUCGAUGACGUUGGAGGUGACGUGCAAUGGUUCAAGGGCGAUCAAGCAAUCACGCCCGAUAAAAGAAUACAAAUCAAGGAAGAUGGCAGGAAACGAAAGCUCGUCAUUAAAGACUGUAAAGUCACCGACGCCGGACUGUAUUCUUGCGUAAGCAACGCCGAUAAGACGGAAGCUGAAAUCGUGAUUAGUUACGCCAAUCGCUUUAACAAGAAAUUGAAGGACACAAUCGCGAUAGAGAGAGAAAAACUGGUGUUGGACGUCGAGCUUCAAGAUCAGACCGCUCCAGCCAUAUUCUAUUUCAAUGGUCAGAAGAUCGAGCCCAACGAGAGAGUAGAGAUCAAGAAUCUUGGCGGUGGUAAACAUCAGUUAGUCUUCAACAAAGUAGAGAUGAUGGACGACGGUGAGGUCAUGUGCGAGAGCGGUCAGCUGACCAGCAGUUGCAAGGUCACCGUGAAAAAGGGUGAAAGCAAGCCUAUCGUCGACUUCCCCGACAAGGUUGAAGGACCCUGCAGCUCACCCCUGAUCUUUGUUGUGCCUUUCAAAGUUGAGGGCACUAAGCAGAGUCAAGUAGAAGCAAAACUAAUGAAAGAUGGUAAACAGUUACCUCUCAAGGAUGUCGAAAUUGUUGUCGGCGAGGAUAAGAUUACAUAUAAGAUCAAGAAACCUCAGCGUGAAUUAUCCGGAAUUUACCAGAUAAAGAUCGGUAACAACCAGGGCGAAGAAGUAAAGGACGUCAAUAUUGUUAUGCAAGACGUUCCAUCUCCGCCGUACGACGUCGAAGUUAACGAGAUUUUCCAGAAUUCCUGCGUCGUGUCGUUUAAACCAUCUAAGGAUGACGGUGGUACUUCUAUCACGAAAUAUAUCAUCGAGCGUCUUGAUCUCAGCUUGAAAUCUCAAUGGGAUAACGUAGGCGAAGUCACGUUGGGCGAAAAGUGUGUCUAUAAGGUCGCAGAUCUUAUUGCAAAGAAGGAGUACAAGUUUCGCAUACGGGCCGUAAACAAACUCGGUUCCAGCGAACCGGCAAUGUUUGGCAAGCCUGUUUUAGCCAAGGAUCCAUGGGAUGAGCCAGGCAAACCGACGAACGUUGAUGUAAUCGAUUGGGACAAGGAUCAUGCUGACUUGACGUGGACGAAACCAGAGAAUGACGGUGGUGCACCGAUUACCGGUUACAUAAUCGAAUACAAAGAGAAAUUCGGCAAGGAAUGGGUGAAGGGCAAGGAAAUCGAAGGCGACGUCUCUAAAGCGACAAUCGAUGGUUUGAAGGAAGGCACGCAAUAUGAGUUCAGGGUACGAGCCGUGAAUAAGGCUGGUCCUGGUGAACCGUCCGAUGUCACAAAGCCGAUUAUCGCCAAAUGCCGAUUUGUCAAGCCAUACAUUAUCGGCGAGGGUCUCACAAACUUGGUUGUUAAGAAAGGCCAGGUCAUCAAAUACGAUAUCAAGUAUGCUGGUGAGCCGGAUCCGGAGCUACACUGGCUUCUCGGUCAGAAAGAAAUUGUUCAAGAUGCGGCCGAAAGGAUCACGAUCGAUAAGUACGAAAGAAAUACUGUGUUAACAGUCAGAAGAACUACUCGGGCUGAUUCCGGAAAAUAUAAACUGAUGCUGACGAACAGUUCUGGUACAUGUGAAAGCAUUGCUGACGUCGUCGUUUUAGAUAAACCAUCAGCUCCGUUAGGACCGCUCAAGAUAGAAGAAGUCCGCGCCAAUCAUGUCAAGGUCAAAUGGGAUACACCCGAAGACAACGGUGGUACCGAUAUCACUGGCUAUGUGUUGGAAAAGAUGGACCUAGACACAGGACGAUGGAUUCCAGCUGGAGAAGUCGGUCCCCACGAGAAGACGUUUACAUUCUCUGGCUUGACACCCAAGAAGAAGUAUAAAUUCCGAGUCAAAGCGGUCAACAAGGAAGGCGAAUCUGAACCCUUAGAGGUUGAGGAAGCUAUUGUCGCGAAGAAUCCUUAUGAUGAGCCUGGCAAGCCCGGCAAGCCGCAAAUUUUCGACUACGACAAUGUCAGCGUGUCGUUAAAAUGGGAGAAACCGAAGAGCGACGGUGGCAGAUCAAUCACUCACUAUACCGUCGAAAUGAAGGACAAAUUCGCUCCCGAUUGGGUUGAAGUGGCGAAAACCCCCGACGCGACUCCCGAGGUUAAAGUUGAAGGCCUUAAGGAGAAGAUGAUAUAUCAAUUUCGCGUUCGCGCUCACAACAAGGCGGGUCCUGGCGAGCCUAGCGAUCCCACGGACAAUCAUCUUUGCAAACAUAGAAAUUUGAGACCAAGAAUCGAUCGGACCAAUUUCAAGUCCAUCAUCAUCAAGGCUGGUCGCACGCACAAAUGGUCUGUGGAUAUAUCUGGUGAACCGCCGCCAGAGACCAAGUGGAUCUGGAGGGAUAAUAUCCCGUUAACUACUACUGAACGCAUCAAGAUCGAUAAUGUUGAUUAUCAUACAGAUUUCACGAUUGUUAAUGCGAUGCGCAAAGAUACCGGAAAGUAUACUUUAAUCGCCGAGAACGCUAAUGGCAAGGACGAAGAAACUGUCGAACUAACAGUACUCGGAAAACCAAGUGCUCCUAAAGGACCUCUGGAAGUAAGUGAUGUCACCAACACUACGGCCAAGGUGAAAUGGGAAAAGCCGGAGGAUGACGGUGGUGUACCGAUCAAAGAAUACGAGAUCGAGAAAAUGGAUACAAAAACCGGCAAAUGGGUCAGAGUGGGCAAAAUACCUGGAAAUUCGCCGAACACAGAAUUUGAGGUGACUGGCCUGAAUCCCGGAAGCGAGUACAAGUUCCGAGUGACAGCUGUCAAUGAUGAGGGUGAUUCGGAGCCUCUGCAAAGCGAGCGCGGCAUCAUCGCGAAGAAUCCAUAUGAUGAACCUUUGAAGCCUGGAACUCCCGAGGUUACUGAUUACGAUAACGAAUCUAUAAGCUUGAAAUGGACUCCGCCCGAUUUCGACGGAGGUGCGCCGAUAGAGAAAUACAUUAUUGAGAAGAAAGAUCGGUACAAGCCUGAUUGGGAAAAAGCUAUCGAAGUGCCUGGAGAUCAGCUUGAAGGCAAAGUGCCCGAUUUGAAAGAAAGGGGCGAGUAUCAAUUCCGAGUCAUUGCUGUGAACAAAGCCGGACCUUCGCCUCCAUCAGAUGCGUCGAAGAUGCAGAUCUGCAAGCAUAAAGCUCUGAAGCCGAGGAUCGACAGAACGAACUUGAAACCGAUUGUCGUGCGAGCUGGCAAACCCGUCAAAUACGACGUGGACGUGCGUGGCGAACCGCCGCCAGAGAUCAAGUGGUAUCAAGCCGGCAACGAGGUGAAAUCUGCCGAGAACAUUGAAAUAAUCAACGUUGAUUACAACACGAAGCUCACCAUCUCCGAUAGCGUGCGGAAGAAUACCGGUCUAUGGAAGAUCAAGGCUGUCAAUCCUCAUGGCGAAGACGAAGCAGAAGUCGAAAUAACGAUAUUAUCUGCUCCCGGAAAACCAAAAGGACCGCUCAAAGUGUCGGACGUUACAAAGAACAGUUGCAAACUCAAAUGGGACAAGCCAGAGGACGAUGGCGGCAAGCCGGUUACUGGCUAUCAAGUGGAAAAAUUGGACAAAUCGACUGGCAGAUGGAUACCUGUCGGUCGUACUGCGGAUACCGAAAUGGACAUAAAGGGUCUUCAAGAAGGGCAUGAGUACGAGUUCAGAGUAAAGGCUCUGAAUGAAGAAGGAGAAUCGGAGCCGCUCGUGACAGACGGCUCCACGCUUGCGAAGAAUCCUUUCGAUGUCACAAGCAAACCUGGAACACCAGAAUUCGAGGAUUGGGAUGUUGAUCGCGUUGAUCUCAAAUGGGAACCUCCGAAAAGUACUGGCGGUGCACCGAUCACCGGUUACAUCAUUGAGAAAAAGGAGAAACCCUCUUCGCAGUGGGAAGAAGCUCUCGUUACGGAUUCACCACAGCCUAAAGGUCGCGUUACUGGUUUGAAGAAAGGUUCCACUUAUCAAUUCCGUGUUCGCGCUGUUAACAAAGCUGGACCAUCAGAGCCUAGCGAUCCAACCAAACCACACAUUGCUAAGGCACGAUUCUUGAAACCGCAUAUCAAUCGUGACAAGCUGCAGACUAUCAAAGUCAGGGCAGGUCAAUUAGUGAAAUUGGAAGUUGAUGUGGAAGGUGAACCUCCUCCAACAGUUACAUGGAGUUUUGCUGGUACGCCACUUCAAACAGGAGCCAACGUCAAAAUCGAUAACGAAGACUAUCUCACUAAGAUUCAAUUGACAAACACAAGUCGCAGAUUAACUGGCAAAUACACCAUUAAAGCUGUAAACGAUUCCGGACAAGAUGAAGCCGACGUGGAGAUUAAUAUUCUCGAUAAACCUGGAAAGCCAGAGGGACCACUAGAAGUAACAGACGUGCACAAGGAGGGUUGCAAAUUGAAAUGGAACAAGCCGAAAGACGACGGUGGUCUUCCUUUAUCCAGUUAUGUAAUAGAAAAAAUGGACGUGACGACAGGUCGAUGGGUACCGGCUGGUGUUGUGGACCCUGAAAAAACCGAGCAUGCAGUUACCGGCUUGGAACCCGGCCACAAAUAUGAAUUCCGUGUGAAGGCUGUGAACGAAGAAGGUGAAUCGGAACCUCUGCAAUCCGAUGUCCCCAUCAUAGCCAAGAAUCCAUAUGAUGCUCCGGCCGCGCCUGGACUCCCAGAGAUCAUUGAUUGGUCGGAAAAUAUGGUGAAACUCAAGUGGGAGCCACCAAUAAGAGAUGGUGGUGCGCCAAUUACCGGCUAUAUCAUCGAAAUGAAGGAUAAGUUCGGUACUAGCUUUGUCAAGGCCGCUGAAGUGGAAGGGCCCAUAUGUACUGGCACAGUUCCACGAUUGGAAGAGGGUAACCAAUAUCAAUUCAGGGUACGUGCUGUCAACAAGGCUGGUCCUGGUGAACCUAGCGAAGCCACGAAUCCACAUACUGCUAAAGCUCGUUGGCUGAAACCAUACAUUGAUCGUACGAAUCUGCAAGCUUUAACAGUGAAAGUCGGUCUUACCUUAACUCUAGAUGUGAAUAUAAUUGGUGAACCACCACCAAAAGUGACUUGGACUUUCAAGGAAAAAGAACUCGUCUCAGAUGAUACGAUACGAAUUGACAAUAUUGACUAUAACACUAAAUUCUUUAUCCUGAAAACUAAACGCGCGCACACGGGCAAAUAUGUGAUCAAGGCUAAGAACGAGGUCGGCGAAGAUACUGCCGAGGUAGAAAUUACCGUCCUCGGCAAGCCUAGCAAACCAAAGGGUCCAUUGGAAGUGAGCGAUAUAAAUAAGCAUGGCUGCAAACUUAAGUGGGAUAAACCGGAAGACGAUGGCGGUUCACCGGUCGAGUAUUACGAGAUCGAGAAGCUAGAUCCUCUCACGGGGCAAUGGAUACCCUGCGGCCGUAGCACUGAGCCAGAAGCUAACAUUACCGGAUUGCAAGAGGGCAAGCCUUAUAAAUUCCGCGUGAAAGCUGUCAACCGAGAAGGAGAAUCCGAUGAUCUGGAAACAGACAAGUCUAUCAUAGCCAAGAAUCCAUUUGACGAACCAGGCAAGCCUGGUAGACCGGAACUUAGGAACUGGGACAAAGACUUUGUCGAUCUCGAGUGGACUCCACCCAAGGAUGACGGGGGUGCGCCGAUCGAGAAGUAUAUUGUACAGAUGCGAGACAAAGAAGGUAGACAAUGGGUGGAUGUCGCCAAGGUUCCGGGAGAUCGUACGGCCGCUAAAGUGACUGAUGGUAUCCAGGAGGGUCACGAGUAUGAGUUUAGGAUUGUCGCGGUCAAUAGGGCUGGACCUGGCGAGCCUAGCGACACUUCAAAGAGCGUCGUCGCCAAGCCCCGAUUCUUGGCACCGCACAUCGAUCGCAAGAAUCUUCAGAAGAAAGUCAUGCGAAUCGGUCAAAUGUUGCGGCUCGAGGCCGACAUCAAGGGCGAACCACCUCCAGUUGUUACAUGGAAGCUUAAAGACACGAUAUUGAAGAGCAUGGAUCGGCUCAAGAUCGAAAAUGAAGAUUAUCAUACUAUGUUCAUCCUUAAUAAGCUUCAACGUUCGGACACCGGUACUUACACUGUCAUCGCUAAGAACGACAGCGGCACCGAUCAAGUUGACGUCGAGCUUCAGGUGCUGAGCAAACCCAGCAAACCAAAGGGACCGCUGGAAGUAUCCGACGUCACAGCUGAAGGUUGUAAGCUGAAGUGGAACAAGCCCGAUGAUGAUGGUGGCGAGCCGGUGGACCAUUAUGUCAUUGAGAGGAUGGAUGUAGAUACAGGACGUUGGGUACCAUGCGGUACCAGCAAAACACCGGAGGCGGAUGUUUCCGGUUUGAACGAGGGCAAGGAUUAUCAAUUCCGUGUCAAAGCUGUUAAUUCGGAAGGCGAAUCCGAACCUCUGGAAACAUCCAUACCAACGACCGCGAAGAAUCCUUACUCCGAGCCUGAUGCGCCUAGUAAACCCGAAUUAAAAGAUUGGUCGAAGAAUCACGCAGACUUAAAAUGGAAGGCACCGAAGAAAGAUGGCGGCGCUCCUAUAGAAAAAUACAUCAUAGAGAAGAAAGACCAAUAUGGCAAGUGGCAGAAGGCUGUGGAAGUUCCAGGCAACAAGACCGAAGCCAAAGUGCCAGAUCUUAUAGAAGGUCAGAAGUAUCAAUUCCGGGUUAAAGCCGUGAACAAGGGCGGCCAGAGCAAGCCCAGUGAGCCCAGCGAUACCUUGACCGCCAAGGAUCGUUACGCUUCGCCCAAGAUUGAUCGCACCAACCUGAAAGAUAUCACGAUCAAGGCCGGCAAUAUUAUUCGAUUGGAUGUUAAAGUCACGGGCGAACCACCGCCAAGUAAGACUUGGUUCCUGAACAAGGCCAAACAAGAGUCUGGCAACGUUCUAACCAUCGAGAUGGAGGAUUACAAAACCAAGUUCGUGAUCUCAUCAGCGACUAGAGCGCACUGCGGCACAUUGACCUUAAAAGCGGAGAACAGCUCCGGCAAAGACGAGGCGUCCAUCGAAAUUCUUGUGUUAGACAAGCCAAGUAAGCCCGAAGGACCGCUUAAAGUAUCUGACGUGCAUAAAGAAGGUUGCACCCUGAAGUGGAAUCCGCCCGCGGAUGACGGCGGAGCGCCUUUGGAUCAUUAUGUGGUCGAGAAAAUGGAUACAGAGACUGGCAGAUGGAUACCAGUUGCACGAACCAAGGAACCUAACAUGGUGGUGGAGAAUUUAGUGCCCGGACAGGAGUACAAAUUCCGAGUCGCGGCUGUGAACGCAGAAGGCGAAUCUGAACCAUUGGAGACAGAGUAUGGAAUCAUCGCUAAGAAUCCAUUCGAUGAACCUGGCGCACCAGGACGUCCAGAAGCGACCGACUGGGACAAGGAUCACGUGGACCUGCGAUGGACUCCGCCGUUGAAAGACGGCGGAUCUCCAAUCACCGGAUACGUGAUUGAGAAGCGAGAAAAAGGCGCGCCUAAAUGGAUCAAGGCGUGCGAGACCGGACCGGAUUGCAAGGGUCGUGUCGAUAAUCUCGAUGAGGGAGUCGAGUAUGAAUUCAGAGUCAAGGCCAUUAAUGCCGCAGGACCCGGUGAACCGUCCGAUGCCAGUAAACCAGUCACUGCCAAGAGUCGAAGACUCGCGCCGAAGAUUGAUAGACGAAACCUGCGCGACAUAACAGUGCGCGAGAACGAAUCAUUUCACUUUGACGUUAAGAUCAUUGGCGAGCCGCCACCAGACGUCACGUGGGUAAUCAACAACAAGAGCAUUCAGCAGACCACACACCGCAGGAUACAGAACGUACCCUAUAACAGUAAAUUCUUCAAUGAUAAGCCUGAGCGCAAGGAUAGUGGCACUUACAAGAUUACAGCAAUCAAUCAACACGGAUCUGACACCGCCGAAGUCGAAGUUACCGUUAUUUCCAAACCUGGCAAACCGGAAGGACCAUUGGAGGUAUCCGAUGUACACAAAGAAGGAUGCACACUUAAAUGGAAGAAACCCAAGGAUGAUGGUGGCGAACCGAUCGAAGGUUACCUUGUGGAGAAGUUUGAUCCAGAAACCGGAGUCUGGCUACCGGUCGGGAAAACUACCGGACCCGAGAUGAAAGUCGAAGGACUUACUCCCGGACACGAAUACAAAUUCCGAGUCAAAGCACUCAAUAAGGAAGGAGAAUCCGAACCGCUAGAAACUUUCAGCUCCAUCAUAGCUAAAGAUCCAUUCACCGUUCCGGCUGCACCUGGAGCACCAGAACCAAUUGAUUGGACGGCUAGUCAAGUCGAACUUGCUUGGAAAGAGCCAGUUAGCGACGGCGGAUCACCUAUUACGGGUUACAUCAUCGAGAAGAAAGACAAAUACAGCACAAUGUGGGAGAAAGCUUUGGAAACCGAAACACCAGUCACCAAAGCUCUGGUGCACGGUCUGAUAGAAGGAAAUGAUUAUCAAUUCCGCGUUAUUGCUGUGAAUAAAGCUGGCCAAUCGGAGCCUGGUGAAGCUAGCAAGACGUUUACGGCUAAACCACGUUUCUUGGCCCCGAAGAUCGACAGGCGCAAUUUGAGGGACGUUACUCUUUCCGCUGGCUCGAUGCUGAAGUUCGAUGCUAACGUGAUCGGCGAGCCGCCGCCUCAUAUCGAGUGGCGUUACGGCGCGAUACCGCUUCAUUCCGAUCGCAAAGUGCAAAUCGACAACAGUGACUACAAUACCAAGUUCAGCAUACGUCCGGUGUCGCGGGACGACAGUGGCGAUUACACCGUCACGGCCAGUAAUUCGUCAGGCAAGGAUUCGGUAACGGUACAAGUGAUAGUGACUGAUAAGCCAACACCACCCGAAGGUCCGCUCCAGGUGUCAGACGUGCAUAAAGAGGGAUGUAAGUUGAAGUGGAAGAGACCUAAGGACGACGGUGGCACGCCUAUUGAAUACUAUCAGGUGGACAAGAUGGAUCCAGAGACUGGUUGUUGGGUACCUUGUGGUCGUUCGACUGAACCAAAUCUCGAGGUGACAGGUCUAACACCUGGCAAGGAGUACCUCUUCCGAGUAGCUGCGGUCAAUGCUGAGGGCGAGUCAAAGCCUUUGGAAGCGGAGCAAGCAAUAGUAGCCAAGAAUCCAUUCGACGAGCCUGGCAAACCGGGUGAUCUUCAAGCCACUGACUGGGACAAGGACCACGUUGAUCUUAAAUGGACUCCACCAGAGAAUGAUGGCGGUUCGCCGAUCACUGGUUACGUAAUCGAGAAGAAGGACAAGUAUGGCGAAUGGGAGAAGGCGCUGGAGGUGCCUGCGGACGAGACUUCCGCCACCGUACCUGAUCUUAUUGAGGGCCAACCGUACGAAUUCCGCGUACGAGCAGUAAACAAGGCUGGCCCGGGCGAACCGUCAGACGCCACUCCGACUAUCAUUGCGAAACCGCGUAACCUGGCGCCUAAGAUUGACCGCACUAAUCUGAUUGAGGUGAGAAUCAAGGCCGGCCAGAACUUCAGCUUCGAUUGUAAGGUGACGGGUGAGCCGCCGCCAACGACCAAAUGGAUGCUGAACGGUAAGGAAGUCCGGCCGACUGAUCGUGUCAAAGUGAAACAUGUGGACUACAAUACCAGUAUGAGUGUGCGAAUGGCUACGCGGGCGGAAUCCGGCAAAUACACCGUCAUCGCGGAAAACAUUAACGGCCGAGACGAGGCUUUCGUCAAGGUUACCGUGCUGGACAAACCAAGUCCGCCUCAGGGUCCGCUACGUACGUCCGAUGUGCAUGCCGAGGGUUGUAAACUUUCGUGGAAGCCACCGGAGGAUGAUGGUGGACAGCCGGUCGAGAAAUACGUUGUGGAGAAGAUGGAUGAAGCUACGGGACGUUGGGUACCAGCCGGGGAAACUGACGGACCGGAAACGAAUCUACAAGUGGAGGGCCUGACGCCAGGGCACAAGUACAAGUUCAGAGUGAGAGCUGUCAAUAAACAGGGCAAGUCUGAGCCACUUACUGCUAUGCAGAGCAUCGAGGCGAAGAAUCCCUUCGACGAGCCAGGAAAACCGGGUACGCCCGAGGUGACCGAUUACGACAGAGAUUUUGUCGAGCUUCAAUGGAAACGUCCUGACGAAGACGGUGGAUCACCAAUCACUGGCUACAUCAUAGAAAAACGUGACAAAUACAGUCCAACUUGGGAGAAGUGUGCGGAAGUCGAUGGUGACACAAAUCGUGGCAAAGUCAACGACCUCGUCGAGGGAACGCAAUACGAAUUCCGCGUGAGAGCCGUCAACAAGGCUGGUCCCGGCGAACCAUCGGAGGCAUCCAAGUCCCAUCUGGCGCGACCUAAGAACCUUCCACCGAAGAUUGACAGGAAGUACAUGCUGGACGUAAAGGUGCGCGCCGGCGGCUUCUUCGACUUCGACGUGCCGGUGAUCGGCGAGCCGCCACCAAUUAAAGAAUGGUCACUGAAAGAUACUAUUGUAAUGGCAAGCGAUCGCAUCAAGAUCACGAACGAGGACUAUAAUACUAAAGUACGCAUAAUAGAAGCAAAACGUUCCGAUUCGGGCGUCUAUACGCUGGUAGCCAGAAAUGUGAACGGCAAAGAUUCCGCUACGUUGACGGUGAACGUGCUGGACGUGCCUUCGCCGCCUGAAGGUCCGUUGAAGAUCGACAAUGUUACGCGAAGCGGCUGCACCCUGAGGUGGCGGCCGCCCAAGGAUGAUGGCGGCUCUGAGAUCCAAUACUACCAGGUCGAGAAGAUGGACACGGAGAAUAUGCGCUGGGUGCCAGUGGCAGAGGCUAGUACCACCUCGGCGCAGGUGGGUCACUUGAUCGAGGGUCAUGAUUAUCAAUUCCGCGUACGCGCGGUCAACAAGCAGGGCGAGUCUCAACCUUUGGUCGGACUAGAUACCAUUACCGCUAAAGAUCCAUUCGCUAAACCAGACAAGCCUGGAGCACCAGUUGCCACUGAUUGGGAUAAAGAUCACGUAGAUCUUGAAUGGACGCCGCCUAAGAAGGACGGCGGAUCGCCUAUAACCGGCUAUAUCAUCGAGAAACGACCUCGUUAUGGACAGUGGGAGAAGGCGGUCGAAGUGCCUGGGGAUAAGACUAGCGCUAGAGUACCGGAUCUGACCGAGGGUCAGGAAUACGAAUUCAGAGUCAUCGCCGUCAACAAGGGUGGACCUGGUGAGCCGUCUGACGCGUCGGGACCGAUCGUCGCUAAACCGCGUUUCAUCGCUCCUUCAUUCGAUACUCAUCUACUGAAUGAUUUGGUGGUGCGUGCCGGUCAGAAGAUCAGCUACAACAUUCCCAUCGUAGCAUCGCCUAAACCAAAGGCAAGUUGGAAUCGCGACGGAGUUCAGAUCGUGGCUGAUGCUCGUCACGAAAUAUUUACUACCAACACCGAAACUUCCUUUGAAAUUCCGUUCUCCGUUCGUGGGGAUACUGGACGUUACACUUUGACUUUGGAAAAUGAACAUGGCAGUUUCAGUGCCAGCGCAAGAGUCACUGUCCUCGACAGACCGGCGCCACCAGAGAAACCGCUGGAUGUUAGCAACGUUACUAAAGAAGGUUGUCACUUGGCCUGGGGACAUCCUCUCGACGAUGGCGGCAGUCCUAUUCUACAUUACGUCAUCGAAAAAAUGGAUCUAUCCCGUGGAACUUGGUCCGAUGCUGGCAUGAGUAUGGUGCUGAGCCACGAGGUCAGUCGUCUGACCCAUCGAAAGGAAUACCUAUUCCGCGUCAAGGCUGUUAAUAACAUCGGUGAAUCCGAUCCGCUCGAGACCACGAAGAGCAUUAUCGCGAAGAACGAGUUUGAUGAACCAGACGCCCCUGGCAAACCACAGAUCACAGACUGGGACAAGGACCAUGUGGAUCUGCAAUGGCCAGCGCCGAAGAACGAUGGCGGAUCGCCGAUUUCAGGUUAUAUCGUCCAGAAGAAGGAGAAGGGCAGUCCUUACUGGGUGAAUGCGGUACACGUGCCGGCAGGUCAAACCAGUACGACAGUUCCGGAUCUGACGGAAGGUCAAGAGUACGAGUUCCGUAUAAUCGCUGUCAACGCCGCCGGUCAAUCUGAACCGUCAGAACCCAGUGAUCUCGUCACUGCCAAGCCACGUUUCUUGGCUCCAAAAAUCAAGACUCCCUUGCAAGAUGUUCGUAUCAAAGCUGGAUUGAUUUUCCACGUCGACAUCGAUUUUGUCGGCGAACCGACGCCGGAGGUGACGUGGAGCGUAGGAAGCAACGAAUUGACUUCCAACGACAGGACGACGAUUACGUCGAUCGGCUACCAUACGAUUGUACACAUCGUCAACGCCAAGAGAUCGGAUUCGGGAUUGUAUCACUUGUUGCUAAAGAACAGCAGCGGUAUAGAUGAGGGCAGUUUCCAAAUGACCGUCUUAGACAAACCUGGACCACCGGAAGGUCCUUUACAAUACGAAGAGAUCACCAGUCAGUCUGUCACGCUUUCAUGGAAGCCACCUAAGGAUAAUGGCGGCAGCGAGCUUACUGGAUACAUCAUUGAAAAACGCGAUCUUACGCAUGGUGGUGGCUGGGUACCAGCAGUUACACAUGUUAAUCCCAAAUUUAAUCAUGCAACUGUGCCAAGAUUGCUCGAGGGAACUACGUAUGAGUUCCGCGUGUGCGCAGAAAAUUUACAGGGUCGCUCUGAACCACUAACCACCGACCGAUCCGUUGUUGCCAAGAAUCAAUUCGUGGCUCCCGGACAACCUGGCAAGCCGGAAUGCGUCGACGCCGACAAGGAUCAUAUUAAGAUUAAAUGGACUCCGCCCAUCAGCAACGGCGGCUCCAAGAUCAUCGGUUAUGACGUGGAACGUCGCGAUCGCGCUACCGGUCGUUGGAUAAAACAAAAUAAAGAACCCGUUAGGUAUCCUGAAUACUACGAUGACCACGUGACCGAGGGUCAUCAAUACGAAUAUCGUGUGUCAGCUAUAAACGCCGCUGGUGCUGGAAAACCAAGCGAAACUUCGUCCGUAUUCACGGCCAAACCCAUGAAAGAGAAGCCGAAGCUUCAUCUGGAUGCUCUGAUCGGCCGCAAAAUCAAAGUCCGUGCUGGAGAACCGAUCAACGUCAAUAUACCGUUGUCCGGUGCACCUACGCCAAAGAUUGAAUGGACCAAAGAUGGAAAAAAACUUACGGAGACUCUUCGUUUGUCGACCGAAACGAAGAGCGAUCGAACGCAAUUGUUGAUCGAGAAAUCCGUGCGAGAUGAUAGCGGCAUGUAUACCGUGACCGCAUCAAACGAGCACGGAAAGGAUUCCGCGGACAUCGAGGUGAUAGUCGUGGACAAGCCUGGACCACCUCAAGGUCCUCUGCAAUAUACCGGCACAACACAGGAAUCUGUCGGGUUAUCCUGGAAUCCACCGGUGGACAACGGUGGCUCCGACAUCACAAACUACAUCGUCGAAGUGUCAGACUACGGAUCUGACAAUUGGCGACAAGUACCCGGAUAUGUUCCCAGAACGAGCUUCACGGCGAAGGGCUUAAUUGAAGGCAGGAAAUACGUCUUUAGAGUCCGUGCCGAAAAUAUGUACGGAGUGUCGGAGCCCUUGGAGGGUAAACCCGUGAUCGCCAAAAGUCCCUACGAUCCACCAGAUGCGCCGAGUCAACCUGAGAUCCUUGGCUACACUCCUAACAGCUGUAGUCUUACGUGGAACCCACCUCUCAAUACUGGUGGAAAGCCUAUUACUGGUUAUUAUGUGGAGAGACGUGAGCGUGGCGGUGAAUGGUUGAAGGUCAACAACUAUCCAACGCCGAACACGACAUUUACUGUGCAAGAUCUUCACGAGGGUUCGCGAUACGAAUUCAGAGUGAUCGCUGUCAACGAAGCUGGAUCUGGAAAACCCAGCAAACCCACUGAACCUAUCACAGCCGGAUACCAACGCUUGCGUCCCGAUGCACCCGAGCCGCCUAAAGCAGAUAGAAUCACCAAAGAUUCAGUGACCUUGAGCUGGCGACCACCGCGAAGCGACGGCGGCGCGAAAAUCAGAGGCUACAUUAUUCAGAAGAAAGCCAAGGACGAUGCUGACUGGUCAGAUGUGAACGGCGCACCUAUACCGAGCAAUGUGUAUACUGUGCCAAAGCUGAAGGAGGGCGAGGAGUAUCUCUUCAGAGUGUUCGCGGUGAAUGAUGUCGGUAGCAGUAACCCGAGUCGACCUAGCAAUCCCAUUGUCAUCGAGGAACAACCCAACAAACCAGUCAUGGAUCUGAGUGGAGUUCGCGACAUCACCGUUCGCGCCGGCGAAGAUUUCUCUAUUCACGUACCUUACAUAGGUUUUCCCAAGCCGACUGCCUCGUGGUUCGCCAACGAUGUCGUUAAGGAUGAAACUGAUCCACGUGUUCAUCAGCAACUAACCGAUGAUUUCGCCAGUCUGGUGGUGAAAAAUGCGAAACGUUCGGACGGAGGACAAUACAGACUUCAAUUGCGCAAUUCGUCCGGCUUCGAUACAGCGACCGUCAAUGUUAAAGUCCUCGAUCGUCCUUCUCCACCUGAGAAUCUUCGCGCAGAUGAAUUUGCUGGUGACGCUCUUACUCUUUUCUGGAAUCCACCUAAAGAUAAUGGCGGUGCUGAUAUCACUAAUUAUGUGAUUGAAAAGAAGGAGCCGAGGGCCGCUACGUGGUCUAAGGUAAGCAGCUACGUCACGACACCGUUUGUGCGAAUCAGAAACCUGACGGUAGGUCAGGUAUACGAGUUCCGAGUGAUGGCCGAGAAUCAGUACGGCACGUCGGAUCCGGCGACCACGAUCGAUCCGAUCAAAGCGCGACAUCCGUUCGAUCCGCCAGGCGCUCCGGGCACGCCUCGUGGUGUGGAAACUACCGAAGACAGCAUCACCAUCACUUGGAGCAAGCCGCGUAACGACGGUGGUUCGCCGAUCCUCGGUUACGUCGUCGAGAAGCGUCUCCUGAGUGAGGACAAAUGGGUCAAAGCUACGCCGGCUCUGGUGCACGAUACCACUUACAGAGUCACCGGACUGAUUGAGAAUCACGAUUAUGAGUUCCGCGUAGCUGCGGAAAAUGCCGCCGGUCGUGGACCAUGGAGCUCCAACUCCGAUGUCAUUCGCGCCAGCGCACCACCAUUCCCACCAAAGAUCACGAGUGAUCUCAGCAUUCGCGACAUGACUGUCAUCGCAGGAGAACCAUUUACCAUUACGGUACCGUAUACAGCUAAUCCUAGACCAAAACCGAACUGGUCCAUCAAUGGUGAGGAAGUCCUUACCGGAGAAAGAAUCAAGUUUGAGACGACCGAUGUAGCUUCGCAAUUCAUCAACAAGAAGGCGAAGAGAACAGAUACUGGCACGUACACGAUAUAUCUCACGAAUACCGUUGGCACUGAUUCUGCUUCAUGCAAAGUUCUCGUUGUCGACAAACCGUCGCCGCCUCUAGCGCCCUUGGAUAUUUCUGAUAUCACUCCGGAAACCUGCACGCUAACGUGGAAACCGCCCUUCGACGAUGGUGGUUCACCAAUCACAAAUUACAUCGUCGAGAAAUUGGAUCCGGCUGGCUUCUGGGUGAAGCUCAGCAGCUUCGCAAGGAGCACGCAUUAUGACGUGAUCGGCCUGGAGCCAAAUCGCACGUACAACUUCCGCGUAAGAGCGGAGAAUCAGUACGGAGUGUCCGAUCCGCUUCAGGCUGACGAGCCGAUAACAGCCAAGUUCCCCUUCACGGUGCCGGAUCCACCUGGACAGCCGCGUGUCAUCGACUGGGACACGUCGAACGCGACGGUGGUCUGGACAAAACCACUGUCCGACGGUGGAUCUCGCAUUCAAGGCUACAAGAUCGAAUUCCGCGAUCCCGCUGAGGAUGUGCAAUGGCGUGUAGCGAACGAUUAUCUCUUCAAGGACACCACAUACGUGUGCUAUGGUCUAUUGAGCGGGCACGAGUACGAAUUCAGGAUUCGCGCAAAGAACGCGGCCGGUUUCAGUAAACCGAGUCCACCAUCCGCACCGUUCAGACUUAAGAGCAAGUUCAAUGUGCCAUCGCCACCUGGCACGCCGCAAGUUACCAAGGUCGGCAAAAACUACGUCGAUCUGCGAUGGGAACCGCCCGUGUCCGAUGGUGGCAGCAGAAUCACCGGCUAUGUCAUCGAGAAACGCGAGGUGGGCAGCGCGAUGUGGUCCAAGUGCAACGAGUACAACGUCGUCGAUACCGAGUAUACGGUUAUGCACCUGAUCGAACGGGGCGAUUACGAGUUCAGGAUUUUCGCGGUGAAUGCUGCCGGCAGGUCCGAGCCAAGCUCGUGUACUACCCCGGUGAAGAUCUGCGAGGUCGAGGGCGGCGAGAAACCGGAGUUUAUCAGGAAUCUGCCCAUCAGUCAAAUCAUACCUCUCGGCAAAACCCUCGUCCUCGAGUGCGAAGCCACGGGUAAACCACUACCGACAGCCAGGUGGUUGAAAAAUGGUCGCGAAAUCACUUUGGGCGGUCGCUUCCGUACCGAGUCGAUAAAUGGUAUUUAUAGACUCGUGAUUUCCGAGGUGUGGGAUGCAGAUGAUGGAGAUUACAGCUGUCAGAUAUCGAACCCACUCGGCGUCGCAGCGACCACGUGUCGACUAAAGAUCGGCACGCCGCCGCGCAUCGAACGUAUACCGGGUGAUCUCUAUCUACCGGAAGGUGACAACACGAAGAUCAAGAUCUACUACAGCGGUGAUCAGCCGAUGGAGGUGACGCUGAAGAAGGACGGUCACAAGAUCGUAGAGACCACGCAUAUCAAGUAUACCGUCUUCGACGAGUACCUCAUCAUCUUCAUCAAGGACAUCCAGAAAGACGAUGGAGGCACUUACGAUCUGUCCAUCUCCAAUGACAGUGGCAGCGUGAGCGCGUCGUUCACCGUAUACAUCACCGGAUUACCUGGACCGCCGACUGGACCACUUGAUGUCUCUGAUAUCGAUAAGCACACAUGCACUCUAUCCUGGCACCCGCCCAAGUACGAUGGAGGUCUUCGAAUCACUCAUUAUGUGGUGGAGCGUCGUGACGUCAGUCAUACGCACUGGAUCAUUGUGUCGUCUUUCUGUAAGGACACUACCUUCGUCGUGCAAGGUCUCACCGAGGGCCAGGAAUACCUGUUUCGGGUGAUGGCGGCCAACGACAAUGGUAUGGGUCCACCGCUGGAAGGUGCAAAUCCGAUCAGAGCCAAGGCGCCGUUUGACCCGCCAGGACCACCUGGUACACCUAAGGUUACCGAGGUGGGCGGUGACUUUGUCAAUCUGUCGUGGGAGAAGCCGGAAACGGACGGCGGUGCUAAAAUUCAGGGUUAUUGGAUCGAUAAGAGAGAGGUCGGCGGUCAGGCCUGGCAGCGCGUGAAUGUCAGUAUUUGUCUGCCAACCCAGAUUAACAUCAGUAAUCUUAUCGAAGGAAGGCAAUACGAAUUCCGAGUAUUCGCUCAGAACGUGGCUGGACUUAGUCCCGAAUCAAAGGCUUCAACCUCCGUGAAGAUCGUCGAUCCACAGGCGGCGAAGCCUCCGGAGAUCAUUCAACCUCUCAGUAGGGUGAACUGCGUCCAGAACCACAACGCUCACUUCCAGUGCAAGAUCAUCGGCACGCCGAAACCGAGCAUCACGUGGUUUAAAGGCGCCCGCGAGAUCGUGAGCGGUAGCCGCUACAACAUCUAUUCCGAGGGCGACACCCACAAUCUCAUCAUCCAUGACGUGUUCGGCGAGGACGCGGACGAGUAUUUCUGUCGCGCGGCUAAUAAGUGCGGCGUGAAAUCUACCAAGGGCGAGCUCUUCAUCAAGACGCCACCCAGACUGAACGUGCCGCCGCGAUUCCGCGACACCGCCUUCUUCGACAAGGGCGUGAACGUCGUCAUCAAGAUACCGUUCACUGGCUAUCCGAAACCGAAGAUCACAUGGGUGCGCGAAGGAGAGGUGAUCGAGUCCGGUGGUCAUUACGCCGUCGAGGUGAAGGAACGUCACGCUGUUCUGACGAUCCGCGACGGCAGCCGCAUCGACUCCGGCCCGUAUCGCAUCACCGCCGAGAACGACCUCGGCCAGGACACGGCCAUCAUCAAGAUCCAGAUCAGCGAUCGUCCGGACCCGCCUAGGUUCCCGCAAGUAGAUAACGUCGGCCACGACUCGUUGGCGGUCAGCUGGAAGCCACCGUUGUGGGAUGGCGGCAGCAACAUCACCAACUACGUGGUGGAGAAACGCGAGCAUCCGAUGAGCAGCUGGAUCCGGGCUGGCAACACCCGGUUCUGCACGCUCGCGGUGACCGGUCUGAGCCCUGGGCACCAAUACGACUUCCGGGUGUCCGCGGAGAACGUCUACGGCCGAUCCGAUCCGAGUGAAGUGACGCCGCUGAUCACCACCAAGGGCGUGAUCAAGCGCGAGUUCAAGAAGAAAGAGUACGAGGUGGACGCGACCGGCAAAAAGAUACGUGGACGUGACGACGAGAAGCCACGUGACUACGAUCAGUUUGUGUUCGACGUGUACAGCAAGUACGUGCCACAGCCGGUCGACAUCAAGCACACGUCGGUCUACGACAAGUAUGACAUCCUCGAGGAGAUUGGCACCGGCGCCUUCGGCGUGGUGCACCGUUGCCGCGAGAGGACCACCGGCAACAUAUUCGCCGCCAAAUUCAUCCCUGUGUCGCACGUGAUGGAAAAGGAAUUGAUUAGGAAAGAGAUCGACAUCAUGAAUCAGCUCCAUCAUCCUAAGCUGAUCAAUCUGCACGAUGCCUUCGAGGAUGAUGACGAGAUGGUGCUGAUCUUUGAAUUCCUGUCCGGCGGCGAGUUAUUCGAGAGGAUCACGGCCGAGGGUUACACCAUGUCCGAAGCAGAGGUCAUAAAUUACAUGAGACAGAUCUGUGAGGGCGUCAAGCAUAUGCACGAAAAGAAUAUUAUCCAUCUGGAUAUCAAGCCCGAGAACAUCAUGUGUCAAACUCGCAACAGCACCAACGUAAAACUAAUCGAUUUUGGUCUGGCCACUAAACUCGAUCCUAAUGAAGUAGUAAAGAUCAGUACAGGUACGGCCGAGUUUGCUGCCCCCGAGAUCGUUGAACGCGAGCCGGUCGGUUUUUACACUGAUAUGUGGGCUUGCGGCGUACUGGCUUAUGUACUAUUGAGUGGCCUUUCGCCGUUCGCGGGUGACAAUGAUAUCGAGACCCUGAAAAACGUGAAGGCAUGUGACUGGGACUUCGAUGAAGAGGCGUUCCGUGACGUUUCCGAAGAGGGCAAAGAUUUCAUUAGACGACUACUCAUUAAAAACAAAGAGAAACGCAUGACGGCGCACGAAUGUCUUCUUCAUCCGUGGUUGACCGGUGACCAUAGUAAGUGGACCAAUCCGAUCGCCAACAGCCGUUAUCUCAGCAUUAGGGAUAGAUUGCGUGCCAAGUAUGAGAAUUGGGACAAGUACGUCCUUCCCAUCGGCCGCUUAGCCGAGUACUCGUCGCUCAGGAAGCUUUUGAUCGAGAAAUACAGAAUCUACGAUUCUUGCUUCGAUCGCCGACAAGCGGCGCCCAGAUUUGUUAUCAAGCCGCAAAGUGCGUUUGCAUACGAGGGACAAAGUGUGAAAUUCACCUGUCGCGUGAUCGCAAUCGCAGCUCCGACGCUGACUUGGUCGCACAACAAUCAGGAACUACGACAGUCUGUUAAAUUCAUGAAACGGUAUCAUGGCGACGAUUAUACCUUCAUCAUCAACAGAGUGAAGCUGGAAGAUCGAGGAGAGUAUAUCAUACGCGCUGAGAAUCAUUAUGGCUAUCGCGAGGAGGUUGUUUUCCUUAAUGUACAACCAAUACCGAAAGAAAUUCCAAAAUACAGACCCGAGCUACAUCCGGUUCGCAGACGAGAACCACUCGGCUACAAUGUGUGGUUGGAGAUGAUCGAGUCGGCGCCAAGCUUCACCUUCCUGUUGCGGCCACGUGUCAUUCAGAUCAGACAGACAUGCAAACUGCUUUGUUGUCUGAGCGGUAAUCCACCGCCUACCGUAAAAUGGUACAAGGACAGAGAAGAAUUGUCCAAGCAUAACUAUCCUAUGAGUAACGCCGACGGAGUCGUCACGAUGGAGAUCAUUGAUUGCAAGCCGGAGGACAGCGGCAAAUAUCGCUGUGUGGCUACCAACAAGCACGGCAAGGACGAGACCAGUUGCGUGGUCAUCGUAGAAGGCACUGGAGAAACGGAGGAGCAAGUAAAAUUAGCGCACGAUUUCCUACAUUCCGGAGAUCGAAGAUUUAUUGAGCAACCAUUAAAACCAGCACCACCGCCUAUUGUGACGAUUCACAAGUCUAGUGGUUACAGUGGCUAUAGUUCCACCACCCAUCAAUCAAGUUCAUCGCACAAUUAUAGCAGCUCCACUUCUUCCGGCAAAUACAAUUCCACGAUUUCCUCUUCGUAUAAGGAUAGCUCCAGCGUUAAAAUUAACGAAUCUUCUGACAAACGAAGCGUGAAGAAAUAUGGCUCGAAGCUCGACACCACCGGUAGUCCAUCUCGAUCUAGGAGCUCGACAAAAGAACUCAUACAACCCUCGGACGAUUCGAUGAGAUCGCCACAGUUUACACAGAAGCUUAAGGAUCUUACGGUCAACGACGGCGAACAGCUGGAACUUAAAGUCAAAGUUGACGGCGAUCCGGAACCACAAAUCACUUGGAGUAAAAACGGCAAGCUGCUGAGCUCGUCAGAGAUCAUCGAUCUCAAAUAUAAAAAUGGAGUAGCCGUUCUUACGAUCAACGAAGUAUUCCCCGAGGAUGAAGGCGAGUAUACGUGCCUCGCGACCAACAGCAUCGGUAGCGAUACGACAUCCUGCAAAUUGACCAUAAAAGCUGUGGAGAACGCCGCUGGAAAAAAGGCAAGCGACGAUAAAUCGCCGAAAAUUGUAGACCAUCUGACAAGCAUGUACGUGAAGGAUGGUGAAGCAGUGACACUCAGUUGCCGAAUAAUCGGUGCCAAAAAGUUCGACGUGGUGUGGCUGCAUAACAAUAAGGAGAUCAAACCUAGCAAAGAUUUCCAAUAUACUAAUGAAGCUAAUAUCUAUAAGCUAAUUAUCGCCGAAAUAUUCCCCGAGGACUCCGGCACUUACACGUGCGAAGCUUUCAAUGAUGCAGGAGAGAGCUACUCGUCGUGCACGUUAAAUGUACUCGCUCAAAAUGAAGAACCCAAGAGCCCAGCGUUCGCGACAUUCCCGCAGUCUGCAACAGUGAGCGAAGGCGAAUCGGUGACUUUCACGUGCAAGACUGAUAUUGCGCCUUUGAAAGUAACCUGGCUGAAGGACGGGAAGGCUAUCCCUGAAACGAGCAGCAGAUAUCACUUCAGUUCGGAUGGCAACACGUCCUUCGAGUUCGGCCUCAAGACUUGCACGGCUAGCGACGUCGGUCAAUAUUCGGCACGCGUAAUCGGACAAAAAGGCGAAACAAAUUCGGCAUUCGCUCUUAACAUCGUCAGCCCCAGCGAGCUAUGAAAUCGAUUUUAGGAACCGGAAUUGACUUUCACAAGCCGCGAAUCGGAGAAUAUCUAUCUUUAUAUCUUGGUAUAUUCUUUAUGGAGAAAACACUGGAGAUCGAUUCAAUACAAGAGCAUACGUAUUUUUUUUUUUUUUUUUUUUUUUUUUUUUUUGAGAAGCAUUCAAAUUAUUCGAAUAUGUUUUCUCCAAAAAGAAUAUAUCUUCAUUCUUGUAUGCAUUCAAUUCAUCGAACUAUCUCCGGUUGAUCCUUUCUACUGGCUUUUCAUUGGCCUUUCAACUUUCGCAUGAAGUUUAACGAGAGAAUACAUGAAUGAAGAAAACUGAAAUGGCUCGUCACCAAGACUAUUUUUAAGUCUACGACGUCUCUGUACAAGAAGAAGAAAAGGAAAACCGGAAGAAGACCAAUAUUUUUUUCUCUCACGUAUAUUCUAUAUGUAAAUUAUUUUGGAACGCUGUAUUCUUUUCUUGUGUGUUUUGUCACAAAAUGUCGCAUGUGUGAAUUGCUCGAUCGUCGGGACGCGGCUUACUUGUACGAGACGAAGAUCCGAAUAAAUUUCCGCGUCUUCGCAUCUUCGCAUUACGGAUAGCACGCACAAUUUAUUACGCUAAAAUAUUCGGCUUUGCUGUAUCGCACGACUUGGUAUACGCUCGAUAUUUAACGGAUAUGUCGCGGUGGCACAAUCGAAAAAAAAGUGAAAUAAAAUCAGAAAUUUAUAAGAUAUUCGACACGCCCAAAUGCGGUUUUCCUGGUGAGACUGCCAGCAUCCUCGAAGUACCAUCAACAUUAUAAAUCUCAUUGGGAAUCCCUCGGUGACGUCGUGAAAAUGAGUAUUUAUAUUUAGUGACAUACUAUCGCGAUGUAUCCUCCUAUUCCAUGUUAAUGGUCGUGUUAUACUUGUUUGAAGACUGCUUUCCGUCUCAGAAAAAAUUUACGAUAAAAUAAAAAAUGUGAUUUAAAAUGAGA